AGGGGCGGGCCCGAGGAGGCCGGCUUCCGGCGCCGGUCCGCCGCUGCCCCUGCCUCGGCGCUAUGGCGGCGCUCGGUCGGCAGGUCUCGCGGUGGCACCGGCUUGCGCCUGUCACGGGGGCCGUCAUUGCUGGACACACUCCUCAGCUUGGAGAGCAGAAGAGGACGGUGGCUUUUUUGCUGCGUAAACUGACCACGGUCUCUGAUGGAGGGGGCCUCGAGGAGCCAUCCUCUGUUGAACCCGGAAAGCAUGUGCAGGAACCAGAGCACAGGACGGGUCUGACUCGGUGCCUCCUUGAGAAGCAGAGGACUGCCGUGGAGCCGGAGACGGUGGUCCGUUCCCUCCUGGACCUGGGUUUCAGUGACGUCCACGCUCACGAGUUGCUGCGUCUGCAGCCAGGUACCCGCCCUCAGCAGCUGCUGGACAUCGUUUCAGAAUUAAUGCUCUUGGGUCUGAAUCCAGAACCUGUGUGUGUGGCCUUGAAGAGAAGCCCUCAACUGUUGCACCUGCCUGUGAUGCAGAUGAAGAAGCGCUCCAGUUACCUGCGGAAGCUUGGGCUCGGAGAGGGGAGACUGAAGAGGGUACUUCAGUGCUGCCCUGAAAUUUUCACCAUGCGUCAGCGGGACCUGGAGAGCAUCGUCGGGGUUCUCAGGGAGAGGUGCCUUUUCACGGUAAAGCAAGUAACGGAGGUUUUGCACAGAUGCCCCUAUGUGCUCCGGGAGGACCCUGCUGAACUGGAAUACAAAUUCCAGUAUGCCUAUUUCAGGAUGGGGCUCAGGCCCGCGGAUGUGGUGAGGACUGACUUCCUGCAGUACCCCAUGGCCAAGAUCAAGCAGAGGCACGUGUUCCUGGAGCGCCUGGGCCGCUACCAAACCCCCGACAAGAAGGGGCAGACGCAGGUCCCCAACCCUUUGCUUAAGGGCAUCCUCAGAGUUUCAGAAGCUGAGUUUCUGGCCGGGACAGCCUGUGCUUCUGCGGAGGAGUUUGAGGUUUUUAAGAAGCUCUUGGCUCGGGAGGAAGAGGAGACCGAGGAGCGCGGGGCUGCUGACGACAGUCGGGCGGGGGCGGGGGAGGAGGGGGAGGAGGAGGAGGAGGAGGGGCAGCGGGAGCCGUGAUGGGAGGACGGGGGGCCAGGAGCCCAGAGAGACGGAAGCGGAGUUUCAUUUUCUCACAGCUUUUGGGAACUGCAUUUUGGAUCUGCUCGGGUUAUUUUUUAUUCUAAAACUGGUCUUUGAGGAGUGACUUGCUGGCCUGCCCAUCAAGGAUUCAGCAUGUCACGGCUGUGGCAGAAAGGGUUCUCUCCCUGGCCUGGGACCUUCUGCAUGCCGCGGGCGUGGUCUCCUCACAAAACCCAAAAAACAAACAAAACUGGCUUUUUUC